UUGUUUUUGGCGGCCUUGUUUAUAAUUUGUGAAUGAAACUUGCAUUAAAGAUGGUACUGAAUGGCGCUUGAAGUGGAAAAUCUUACUAAUAAAUAUCUGCCCCAGCUGCUUGAUCAAGUCUUUGAGAAAUAUCGCAGUCAAGUAGAUUCUGGUGGUCUAACAAAGGAAGAACGUGGGAAGUUGUUUUCCGAUUUAUCCUGUUUACUGGGCGAACAACUGGUGCUACGAUCCCUUCAGCUUUUGGAAAGCCAUAGCUUCAUUUUUUAUUAUUCCAAAAACAAACGCCACCUUUACGUGGUGGAAAUUUCUAAAGGAUUGGAGUAUUUUCGGUUGCUCCCGAAAAUAAACUACUGCAAGUGCGACUUUUUUCAGUGCCACGUGCUGCAGUUGCCCAAGGGAAUCCUCUACCAGGACAUUCCCAGUGGCCAAGCGGGCAUUCUGGAGGAUUGGAGCGAGGAGAGCCGAGUGUCCUUCACCUGCCAGCACAUCCUGGCCCUGCGACUCCACCAAUUUCUGCAGAAGGGCUGGAAAACCUGGGAGCAGAUCCUUCAAAAGGAGGAACUCAAGGAGCUGCAGAGGGACAUCUUCCGGGACUAG